AUGGCGAUCGCACCGGCAAUGCAGACGACAUUCGUGUCCUCGACCAACUUUCUGAAACAAUCGAGACCUUCUUCUUCUUCUCCGUGGGGAUCAUCAGUGAUUAUCCCCAAGAACAAGAGAUCGUCUUCUUCCUCCUCCUCCGUAGUUGUUGCCGCCGUUGGUGAUGUCUCUUCUGACGGAAACAUCUAUCUUUUCGCCGGAGCCGCAGCUAUCGCGCUCGUCGGGACUGCUUUCCCGAUCCUCUUCAAACGCACCGACACGUGUCCGGAAUGUGACGGAGCAGGAUUUGUGAGGAAACAGGGAGCGACUUUGAGGGCAAAUGCGGCAAGGAAGGAUCAAGCUCAGAUCGUUUGCGCAAACUGCAAUGGACUCGGCAAGCUUAACCAGAUUGACAAAUAA